AUGGCCAAUCUUUGGGGCUCCAAGAAGGACAACGAUGAUGGCGAGGCCGCCGCGGGCUCGGCGAGGAAUUCGGAGGACCACGAGCAGGCACCACCAGAUGAGCAUACGCGACUGCUUCCGAAUCGUGUCGAGUCAACCAACUACCUGAGCCCAGACGAUCCCGCCGUCUCGCCGUACAACCUGUGGUCCGUCCGCAUCGUGAGGUACCUGACCAUCUUCCUGACGCUUGUCACCUUUGUCUGGUGGGUCAUACAGCUGGUGUCUGUGUUCGUGACGCCUCCUGGAUUCCACACUCGAGCUUCCGGGUUCUUCGCCUUCAGCUAUGCCAGCGUCACUCUAGCCAAUUUGCUGUUCAGCCUGAUUUUCUUCGCCAUCCCGUCCAAAGCGGUACGGAUUUUGAGUAUCGUCAUGGGCGGCCUGUUGCUUAUUGACACCGUCUUGCUACUAUCUGUGGAAAAGACGAGACGUGAGGAAGGGUGGGUUGGUAUUGUGAGCAUACUGUGGGCGUUCCUCAUCGCUGUUUGGGUUCUCGCCACAGACCGAUUGGUUCUCUGGGGAAAGAAUGAGGAGGAGGAGAGAUUGACGGGCCGAGCUGAGACACGGAGGACCUUGGGCGAAUGGACCGCAGUCCUCCUGUCGACCCUGGCAAUGGCCAUCCUCUCAAUUGUCCUUCUGCUAACGACCCUUACGCUCAUACUCCGCGCCCUCGAUGCUGGUCUGGCACCACCAGGCCAAUUGUACGCCGUGGACGACGGCAAGUACCAACUACACGUCUACUGCCGAGGCAACAAGACCGACGCGAAAGGCAUCAAGCUGCCAACGGUGCUCCUGGAAGGCGACGGGCCAGUUGAGGGCGGUCUUUGGCCGUUCGCCGAUAACGCUGUCAAGAACGGCUCCAUCAGCCGGUACUGCUUUGUAGACCGCCCUGGAAUGGCAUGGAGUGACACCGCCCCUUCGCCUUCAUCAGCCGGCAUGGCGGUCGAGGCCGUCAGCGAAGCACUAGCCAGAGCCGGCGAGGAAGGGCCCUGGGUCCUCCUAAGCGCGGGCGUCGGGUCGAUAUACUCACGCAUCUUCUCGGCCCGCCACGGCGAUGCCGUCACAGGACUCGUCCUCGUCGACCCGUUCCACGAGGACCUGCUGUACCAGAUCGGCGCGCCUGGGCGAGGCUUCCUCCUCUGGAUCCGGGGCGUGCUCUCGCCUCUCGGCCUCGACCGCAUCCCUGGUGCGCUGUUCAAGGGCCGGACCAAGGAGGACCGCGUCUGGGGCCAGUCGGCAUACCAGACGGGCAAAUACGUCUUCACCAAGCUGCAGGAGAACCUUGUGGCCGACUCCCUGACCAAGCGCGACGUCACCAGCAGCCGCGCCAUCCAGUACAAGGACACGCCCCUCACCGUCAUCAGCUCCGGGGACCGAGUCCGCGAGGACGACGAGUGGGAGAAGAAGCAGCGUGACCUGUCGCAUCUGACGAAUCGUCUGCAGCACUGGGACAUUGUGAACAAGGCUCCGCAUGAGGUAUGGAGCACUUUGGAGGGCCGUGAGGUCAUGGAGAAGAGACUGAAGCAGAUGGUGUACAUUUAA